AUGCCUUCUACCUUUACUUACACAUUCGACACUCAACUGUACAAGGGAAAAUCAACCUUCAACACUGGCCUCUUCAUCAAUGGAGAGUUCGUUGAUCCUGUCGUUGAUGCUAAAAUUGAGGUGAUAAAUCCAUCGACCGGGAAAGUGAUUACCUCUGUUUCCGCCGGGUCAGACAAGGAUGUAGACAUCGCGGUCAAGGCAGCGAAGCAGGCGUACAAGACCUCCUGGGGUCUUAAGGUACCUGGAAGCGUUCGGGGCCGAAUGCUGAGCAAGUUGGCCGAUCUAAUCGAGAAGAAUGCUGAUGAAUUUGCGGCUUUGGAGGCUUUGAAUGUCGGCAAACCGUUUGGAACAGCAAGGAUGGCUGAUGUCGCAUCCACCAUCGAUACUAUACGCUACUACGCUGGAUGGGCCGAUAAAAUUCAGGGAAAAACUAUCGAGACGAACGAAAAAAAGCUCUCGUACACCAGACAUGAGCCUUAUGGUGUCGUCGGCCAAAUUGUUCCCUGGAACUAUCCCUUGAGCAUGAUUUCUUGGAAGGUCAGUCCUGCGCUAGCCACUGGAAACGUAAUCGUUCUGAAGCCCUCCGAACUGACCCCACUGACGGCUCUCAGACUUGCUGGACUCUGCAACGAAGCCGGUUUCCCGCCAGGCGUCAUUAACAUUGUAAAUGGAUACGGCCAUACUGUCGGACAAGCUAUCAGCGAACACCCAGUUAUUAAGAAAAUUGCUUUUACGGGAAGUACAGCUACAGGACGGAAAAUUCAAAUCGCGUCGGCAAAUUCAAAUCUGAAAGCAGUGACCCUGGAGCUUGGUGGAAAGAGUCCAAACAUCAUCUUUGACGACGCGGACAUCGAACAGGCAGUGAAAUGGACAACUCGGGGCAUCUUCUUCAAUAUGGGUCAAAACUGCAAUGCGGGAUCCCGAAUAUUCGUACAGGAGGGCAUAUAUGAUAAAUUCCUUCCAAUGUUCACCCAUGCUGCUCGUUCCCUUCAGUCAGCCACCGGAGAUCCCUUCCACCCAUCUACAAAACACGGUCCCCAAGUAUCACAAACUCAAUUCGACCGCGUAAUGGACUACAUCGACUCAGCAAAGACGGACGGUGCUAAUAUUCACGUCGGCGGUUUAAGGCAUGGUUCAGAGGGCUACUUUAUCCAACCGACGAUCGUAACGGAAUGUACAGCUGACAUGAAGAUUGUAAAGGAGGAGGUCUUUGGCCCAGUAGCCGCAGUCAUCAAAUUCAAGAGCGAAGAGGAGGUCAUCGAGAUGGCGAAUAACACCGUCUACGGUCUCUCGAGCGCUGUCUUUACGGAGAACUCAAGCCGUGCGAUUCGGGUGGCCCAUGCUCUCGAGGCUGGGCAGGCAUUCGUCAACUCUUUCAACUCUGUGGAGAAAAACAUGCCGUUUGGUGGGUACAAACAAUCCGGUAAUGGAAGGGAGUUGGGAGAGUACGCAAUCGAUAUGUAUACACAAGUGAAGGCUGUCCACAUCAACGUUGGUCUUAAGCUCUGACCGGAUAUUUAUGAAUCUCUGUACGAGUAGUCACAUCGUCACGAAGUAUGUUAGUUGUUUUAACUGGAUCGCUCCACCCUCGGGGCUGUCAGGGUAUAUAAGCCUGGGAUGAUUCGUUCAAUUACCUUCAGCGAAUCUUCAGCUUCAAUCACAACAACAACUCUUAUCACUACCUUUUACCCACAACAAAUACAUCAUGUCCGACACUGGCCGUCAAUCUUUCACCGACAAG